AUGGGGCACAAUGUUAACAGUCGCCAGCCUCCCCCGUGCCAACCUCCCCGGGCCAAAUUUAUGCGCCUUUUGGCAGCCCACCAAGACGAGAAUUGCAGCCCGCUUUCUAGCGAUUUCUGCGAGGAAGACAUCCACGACUCAUUCGGUCGGGAGGGUUUCGUGAGCGCUCGCGAGCCGCACGGCUUCUUUCUUCUUCCUCCACUCGCGACGCCGCCUAGUCACGAGGCCGCCGCCACCACAGCAUCCGGCCGCCCUCACCCCGACGUCCGUGCGCCGCCGCGCCAUCCCCCCACUGCGCUGUCGCUCAGUCUCUCUCAUCCGUGCGAUGUCUACGAAGGGGUCACGCUCGAGUGCUCCUCCAUUGCCGUCGUCUCGCUCCUCGUCCGUCGUCGCCAUCUCCACCUCCACUGCCAUUCUCAUCUGUCUCGAAGAUCCGUGAGCCAGGACACCGCUACCGUCGAUCUCGCGCAGAUGGCCGCCGCAACCCCUCCUCUCCUCCUCAGCCUUCUGACCCUGAUCUCAAUUCUCAGGCCCCCGCACCCCGAUCUCGCACGACAUCUACCACUCCAGGUCUGCAGAAAGCUUUGUGAAAAGUCUAGACUGAACAGAGAAAAGAAGAAGAGGAGUGGCAAAGAGAGAUGUCAUGAAAUAUGAUUCUUCAAUAACCGGCGAUCCGAGCAAGUGGAAGCCGUAUCUUUCCGCCGACAAGCAGUUCCUCGUCCCCCGCAAUGGGUUCUGGUGUGGAAGCAAAUGCAUGAUUUAAGAAGAUUGUUUUUACUAGUUGCAGUGCCUAUGCGAGAAGCUUAUGCAAAGGAGUUUUUUUUUCUCUCGAACACUGCUUAUGAAAGGAGUUGAACCAUAAUUCCUUUUUUUCAUAUAUGUCUUGGAUAUCUGGAUAGAGAUGAUCUAUGAUUUGGUGACGAAUGGAUUAGCUAUGUUGAAUUU